AUGAACACCCCAGCCACAGACUACCGCAAGAAGGUCAUGGGCGUCCUGUUGUCGUGCGUCGCGAGCUGGUCGCUGGCGUCUUGCCAGCUGAGAUCAGCGCCGUUGCUGGGCAACUCGAAGCGCGAUCUCGGGUUUAUGGAGGGCGACCUGAUCGAGUGUCUCAAUGCGGGAGACGGCAGCUGGUGGACCGGACGACUACGUCGAGACCGCCGGAUGGUGGGUGCCUUUCCCUCGAACUUCGUCGAGCUGCUCCCAGACGACUUCCGGCCGGUGACACGAUCGGUCAGCCCGCUUCCGGCUAGCAGCACGUCGGGCCCGAAGAGCGCGCCGCAAAAGUCGAGGACGUUCCGGAAACCGUUCGAGGCCUACGCCAAAGCUCCUCACUACACAACGGCAAAACAGCCAGAGACAUAUCGACCAGGAACUGUACGCGCCAGAGAACCCCCAAACAGUGCUGCUGGUCCAGGCCGGGGCCGUGGACGGAUAGACGGCACCGAUCCCAACCACAACCACAACCCGGCCCCGUCUCAGGCAACAUACGGCCAGCGGGCACCAUCACCUGCUCCUCCUCCUGCCGCGAGCUACAGAGCUCCAUCACCAGCUCCGCCUCCAGCUGCAAGCUAUCGGGCACCUUCGCCCGCUCCACCCAUGGCCAACUACAGAUCUCCAUCCCCUGCUCCACCCAUGAGCUACAGAGCUGCCUCGCCUGCUCCGCCCAUGGCGAGCUAUCGGGCAGCCUCCCCGGCUCCCCCUCCAGCUGCAGGCUACCGUGCCCCAUCGCCUGCACCUUCAUACGCAAACUACCCCAUGAGAGCUCCUUCGCCUGCUGCUCGGCCGCCGAGUGUCUACGGGAUCCGUACCGCAUCACCCGCCCCUCCCAGAGCAGCUGCCUAUGGGUCUAGAGCUCCGUCACCAGCUCCUCCUCCGGCAGCUAGCUACGACUACAGAGCGGCGUCUCCUGCGCCCCCUGGCCACUACCACUCGCACUCGCUGCCGCUGGAGCAGUCUUAUUACGGCGCACCCUCCGAUCAGCAGUACGACCAGCAGAUGCAGCCCCAUCAUCGCCAGCUCUCGCCGGCACCACCCAUACAUGCGUCUUACCAGGAGCCACCAGAGAAGGUGUACCAGCCCUACCGUUCUGGUGCCGACUUGGCCGAUGCCCCUCCUCCUCCGCCUCCGCCACAUCGACAUGUCAUGGGCCGCAACGGGUCGAAUGGUUCCUAUGGUGAAUCCGUCGGCGGGCUUGAAAGACAUGGAUCCAACAUGUCCUAUAUGAGUCAUCGGUCCGGUGGCUAUCAGACACCGCGUGGGCCCUCUCCAGGUCCGCUCUCGCCUGGCGGCGAGUCUGGCUUUACCCCGUCGCCGUUGCGCGAGGCGAUGGAUGGCGUAAUGGAGCAGCUCGGAGUCCUUGGCAUGUCCAGAGAGGAGGAGGAGUCCAGAGCAGCAGAAGCCGCGGCGUUUGACCCGUGGUCUCCAGCGUCGUUCGACACGGUCCACCGGAGUUCCCGAAAGCAGCAACUGCAACAGCAGCAACAGCAACAGCGCGAGCGCGGAGACCAGAUCAGACGUCCAUUGUCUACCAUGGGCAUUCCUGUCGACGAGGGCUAUGAGACCUACAGCGGCAGUGCGCUUUCGUCACACGACGUGGCAGGCAGCGGUGGGUAUCAGGAUGACGAUCAGCCACUGCCACAGCUGAGCAAUUACGUGGAGCGCAUGGAGUCGCGGCUGCGUAGCAUGCACGAACAGAAGCAGUCGGUGACGCCCUUCGACGAUGGUGAGUCGGAUGCGCCGCCGCCACCGUCAAAGGGCGGCAUGUACGAGCGGCCAAAAUCGUCCAUGUCGAUUCUCUCGACGGAUCCGAGGCUGCGGCAUCAGCGGUCCGCAUACGAUGUCGGUCGUCAGAUGCUCGGGCGCACGCUCACGACCAAGACCAACGCGACGAACACAUCUGUAAGCACACGCAGCACAGCUACCAACAGCAGCUCGAACACGCAGAGCACAGAUCGCAGUCUGAUGAGCGGGGUGUCGGCCGGGGAGAUCAGCGCAACCAGCGCGGGAAGUCUGGCGCGGAAGAACCGAAGCCGGGCGCAGAGCGCACUGAACAUAGCCGACUGGGACAGCGACCGGCCUGCAUCUCCGUUCACGGGGGUGACCUACCACAGCAGCCACGCGUCGGACUAUCCACGAUCGAGGUCACAGCUGGGAAAGCGCGGUGCUGACGACAUGCCCGGACUUGGCGAGCUAUCGGGGCUCGGCGGACUGACGCAGCCCAAGUCGGUGAAGAAGACUGGGUUUUUCAAGAAAAUUGUCGAGUCCGCCAAGGCCGGCGUGGCUAGUAGUCGCGGCAGUAUCGCGAUGACAGGCUUUGGCGGCAGUACUGGGGUCGUGGUGGGCGGCAUCGCACAUGGGCAGAACCACAGCAGCACCGGGAUUCCGGCGAGCGGGCUCGCACGCGACUCGGGACGCGAGAUAGGUGGUGGUGGCGGCAAUAGCAGCAGCAGCAGCGCAGACUGGGUGCAGGUGCGGCGCGACGUCAACCGAUCGAACUCGAUGAGCCGCAACGAGCGAAACGAGAUGCGAGACCGCUGCCAAAUGCUCGACUACCCGGCAAUGGACCCGGUGGACGAGCUAUACGGGACGAUCCAGGGUGACGAGGGGGUGGACGGUAUGCCGGUACUGCAGCCGAUCGACUAUGGCGGACUCAACCUCGGACAGGUGGACAAGAACUCGCGGUUCAUCAGCAACCUACCACCGACGACGACAGCUAUCACGGUGGCGACGAUGUAUGUGUGCCGGCCAUACCGCAGCGACGUGCAGCGGCUGCGGGCAAUCUUCACGUGGGUGGCGGAAAAGAUCUCGUGGGAGGAAGAGUACGAGGGGACCGGGGCGGUGGACACGCGGCGGGUGCUGCAAACGAAGCGAGGGUGCGCGCGGGAGUACGCGGUGCUCGUGAUGGAGAUGUGCAUGGCAGCCGGACUGCUGUGCGAGGUGGUCCGGGGCUACCUCAAGGCGCCGGGCGACCUGCCGGAGUUGGGAAUCAUGCCACGAUCGAACCACUGGUGGAACACGGUGGUGGUGGACGGGGAGUGGCGAAUAAUGGACUGCUGCGUGGCGAGCCCGUCGUUUCCACGACGGGGACAAUAUUCGAGCGGCACCAGCAGCGGAACGACAGCAGAUGGGUGGUGGUUCCUGUCGCGGCCGAGCGAGGCGUGCUACACGCACAUCCCUGAACAUCACGAGCAGCAGCACUUGUGUCCAGCAGUGGCGCACGAGGUGCUGCUAAAUCUGCCGUGUGCAGGACCGCCGUACUUCCGGAAUGGACUGCGGCUGGCGGAUUUCAACACGGCGCUGGUGCGGAUCGAAGACCUGGAGAUGGUACAGCUGCGGGUGGAAGUGCCAGAGGAAGUGGAGUUGGCAGCGGAGGUAGAGGUGCGGUCGCUGGCGCGGGACGCCGACGGCGAUUUCUUUGAGAGCGGCGAGGUGGUGCGCAAGCGGGCACUGGCGCAGGCGGACUGGGUGGGCGGUUCGAAGCGGUACACGAUCAAGGCGUUGCUGCCGGGCGAAGAGGGCACGGGGGUGCUGCGAGUGUAUGCAGGACGGCGAGGGCUGAUGCACAGCGUCAAGGACAUUCCACACCCGCUGGCGUUCGCGUUGCCGGUGGUGCAUACGGGCGACAACCCGGCCUACGACUUUGUGAUGCGGCAUCCGACACCACAUGCGCAGCGACACGACAUUUACGUGGUGCAGCCGCAGUGCCAACGGCUGGCGCUGAACAACACGUUUGUGUUUGCGAUCCGGCAGCAUCCGAGCUCGCUGGGAGCGACGACGACACCGACGCCGGGAAGCACAAGUGGACGGAUGGGGGCGGCGUCGCCGGUGCCGUUUGCGCGGCCAAAUUCGGCGAUGAGCAUCCUCUCGAGCGUGGCGGGUGGCGGUGGGACGGCGGGCAGCGUGGCGAGCAGCAGCAGCAGCGCGACAGGGCCGGCGAUUGUGGGCAAGAAACCGGCAAAGCUGGCGAUCCAGACGCCGGGCGGCAAGAUUCUGCGGCUGAUGCGCAAGGAAGACCGGCGGGGUGGCGGUGGCGGGAUGGGACUGGGGAUGGGGAUAGGCAUCGGUGGGCGGGCAGCGAUGGUCAGCAGUGACGACGAGGCCAGCGAUGGCGGCACGUGGGAGACGAUCAUUAAGUGCAGCGAGCGGGGAGUGUGGCGGGGACUGGUGUUGGCAGACCGGACGGCACGAUGUUGGGCGUCCCACAUGGCCAAACCAAAGGGGCCAACGGUCGGAAAAGGGGACCAGGGUCGGAAAACUGGACCUGGACGAUCGAGACAGGUCAGCAUUGGCAUUCUGGCGUUUUGUUUUUGGGCGUGGGCAUUUGGACUAUCUGGCGCAUCGGGACUUGAGCUUGAGCGGGAUUGGACCGGAUAUGAUUCGGCCUUCAUUGCAGAGGGCUUCGGCCUUGCUGCGCCAGGCAGUCGUGCCAUCGUCCGAGCUUCGUCCGCCAUGUGCGAAGAGCGGGUGGUGGAGGGAGGGGGAGGGGAGGAGGGGGUUGAGGAGAUGGUGUGGAUGUCGGAAGAGGGAGAGUUGCGUGUGAACAGGUGUGGAAGGAAGGGCAGCAGAAAAGAGGGCGAGUGCGUAAUGGCAGAGCUGAGCGAUACGCUAUCGAUCGUGGAGACAGCAAAGACGACCGCGCUCGAGGACCUUUUGACGUCCAACCUGCCGUCUGAGGAGGGGCUCCGCUGA